CCGAAGAUGCCGCGCGCGCCCAGGUGCCGGGCGGUGCGCGCCCUGCUGCGGGACCGCUACCGGCAGGUUCUGCCGCUGGCCACCUUCGUGCGGCGCCUGGGGCCCGAAGACCGGCGGCUCGUGCGGCGCGGGGACCCGGUGGCCUUCCGCGCGCUCGUGGCCCAGUGCCUCGUGUGCGUGCCCUGGGAUGCGCAGCCGCCCCCUGCCGCCCCGUCCUUCCGCCAGGUGUCCUGCCUGAAGGAGCUGGUGGCCAGGGUCGUGCAGAGGCUCUGUGAGCGCGGCGCGAGGAACGUGCUGGCCUUCGGCUUCGCGCUGCUGGACGGGGCCCGCGGCGGGCCGCCCGUGGCCUUCACGACCAGCGUGCGCAGCUACCUGCCCAACACGGUGACGGACACGCUGCGCGGCAGCGGCGCGUGGGGGCUGCUGCUGCGCCGCGUGGGCGAUGACGUGCUCACCCACCUGCUGGCGCGCUGCGCACUCUACCUGCUGGUGCCCCCCAGCUGCGCCUACCAGGUGUGCGGGCCGCCGCUCUAUGACCUCUGCACCGCCGCCGCGGCGCGGCCCACGCGACGCGCGGGCGGAACCCGGACUGGCCUCGGACUCACGCGCCAGGCCGGGAAUGGCGGCGACGGGGAGGCGGGGGGACCCCGGGAGCUGCCGGCCAAGGGCGUGAGGCGGCGUCGGGGCGGCGCGGGGGGCCGUCCGCCUCCAGCCAAGAAGCCCAGGCAUGGCCUGGAGCCCGAGCGUGGUACCGAAGGGCAGGCGCCCGGGGCCCACCUGGGCAGGGCGCCUGGGCGGAGCGACAGCGACCCCCGCGUGAUGACACCUACCAGAGCCGCCACGGAAACCAAGUCUCAGGAGGGCAACGUGCCCAGGACCCGUCGCCCCUUCCCGCUGGUGGGCGGCGAGGGGGGUGUUCGCUCCCCAUCCUGGCGGCCGUCACAUCCCCAGGGCGAGCCCGGUCCCCGAGCGUGGGCUGAGACCAAGCAGUUCCUCUACUGCUCGGGCAGCAAAGAACGGCUGCGCCGCUCCUUCCUGCUCUGCUCCCUGCCUCCCAGCCUGGCGGGGGCCCAGAGACUCGUGGAGACCAUCUUUCUGGGCUCUAAGCCCCGGCCACCAGGGGUUCCGCGCAGGAUGCGCCGCCUGCCCGCGCGCUACUGGCGGAUGAGGCCCCUGUUUCGGGAGCUGCUUGAGAACCACGUGCGGUGCCCCUACGGCGCACUUCUCAGGGCGCACUGCCCACUGCCGGCCUCCACCACGCCGGCAGGGUCAGGCGAUCAGGAGAGCCCUGGAGUGGGCGCCCGCUCCGGGGAGAGGCCGGCCGCUACCCCCGAGGGGGACGCGGGCUCGCGCCGCCUGGUCCAGCUGCUGCGUCAGCACAGCAGCCCCUGGCAGGUGUACGGCCUCCUGCGGGCCUGUCUUCGCCGGCUGGUGCCCGCAGGCCUCUGGGGCUCCCGGCACAACGAGCGCCGCUUCUUGAGGAAUGUGAAGAAGCUCCUCUCUCUGGGGAAGCACGGCAAGCUCUCACCGCAGGAGCUGACCUGGAAGAUGAAGGUGCAGGACUGCGCCUGGCUGCGCGGGAGCCCAGGGGCUCGCUGCGUUCCGGCCGCCGAGCACCGUCUGCGCGAGGCCGUCCUGGCCAGGUUCCUGUGCUGGCUGAUGGGUGCGUACGUGGUCGAGGUGCUCAGGGCGUUCUUCUAUGUCACGGAGACUACGUUCCAGAAGAACCGGCUCUUCUUCUUCCGGAAGCGCGUCUGGAGCCAGCUGCAGAGCGUCGGCAUCAGACAACACUUAGAGCGCGUGCAGCUCCGCGAGCUCUCCGAGGCAGAUGUCAGGCGACUCCAGGAGGACAGGCCGGCUCUGCCGACGUCCAAGCUCCGCUUCGUCCCCAAGCCCAGCGGGCUGCGGCCCAUCGUGAACAUGGGCGACGUCGUGGGAGCCGGGAAGUCGCACAGAGACAGGAAGGUCCAGCAUCUUACCUCCCAGGUCAAGACCCUGUUCGCUGUGCUAAACUACGAGCGGCUGAGGCGCCCCGGUCUUCUGGGGGCCUCCGUGCUGGGCAUGGACGACAUUUACAGGGCCUGGCAGGCCUUCGUGCUGCCCCUGCGGGCGCGGGGCCCGGUGGCCCCGCUCUACUUCGUCAAGGUGGACGUGGCGGGGGCGUACGACGCGCUCCCCCAGGACAGGCUGGCGGAGGUGAUAGCCAACGUGAUCCGGCCCCAUGAGAACUCGUACUGCGUGCGCCAGUAUGCCGUGGUCCAGAGGACUGCCCGCGGACACGUGCGGAAGUCCUUCAAGAGACACGUGUCCACCUUCACGGACCUCCAGCCUUACAUGAGACAGUUCGUGGAGCGCCUGCAGGCAGCGGGCUCACUGAGGGACGCCGUGGUCAUCGAGCAGAGCUGCUCCCUGAACGAGGCCGGCGGCAGCCUCUUCAAGCUCUUCCUACGCCUGGUCCACAACCACGUGGUCAGGAUCGGUGGCAGGUCCUACGUCCAGUGUCAGGGGGUCCCCCAGGGCUCCAUUCUGUCCACCCUGCUCUGCAGCUUCUGCUACGGAGACAUGGAGAACGAGCUCUUCCCCGGAAUCCAGCGGGAUGGGUAUGGAACCCUCUGUGUUGGCGGGUGUUGCCUUGCUUGGGGCCUGUUUGUAUUUUUGUUCCUGGAUGUAGACCGGGCCUCACCCUUUCUUCUCAUAACGGUGCACAGGAGGUGGUCAGCAGGCCUCAAGCGGGGAGUAAACGUGGCCUUCUGUGUGGCCGGGGCUUCGGACCAGCGCCAAGCUCGUGUGCUUCCGGCCCAAUUGCAGGGCCCCUGCUCGGCAUCCACAGCUGGAGCCGAAUCCCACAGAAACCAGAGUCUUUGGGUUCUCCUGCGCUUCGUGGACGACUUCCUGCUGGUCACCCCUCACCUGCCACGAGCCAAAGCCUUCCUCAGGACCCUGGUCCACGGCGUGCCCGAGUAUGGCUGCCUGGCGAACCUGCAGAAGACGGUGGUGAACUUCCCCGUGGAGGACAGUGGCCUGGGCGGCGCGGCCCCCCUGCAGCUGCCGGCGCACUGCCUGUUCCCCUGGUGCGGCUUGCUGCUGGACACCCGCACCCUGGAGGUGCGCUGUGACCACUCCAGUUACGCCGGGACCUCGAUCAGAGCGAGUCUCACCUUCAAGCAGGGCUUCAAGCCUGGGAGGAACAUGCGUCGCAAACUCCUGGCGGUCCUGCGGCUGAAGUGCCAUGGGCUCUUCCUGGACCUGCAGGUGAACAGUCUUGAGACAGUUUUCACAAAUGUUUACAAGAUAUUCCUGCUGCAGGCCUACAGGUUCCACGCGUGUGUGCUGCAGCUCCCGUUUAAUCAGCCAGUCGGGAGGAACCCCUCGUUUUUCCUCCGGGUCAUCUCUGACACCUCGUCCCGCUGCCACGCCCUCCUGAGAGCCAGGAACGCAGGGAUGUCACUGGGGGCCAAGGGCGCCUCCGGCCCGUUUCCUUCCGAGGCCGCGCAGUGGCUCUGCCUGCACGCCUUUCUGCUCAAGCUAGCUCGUCACCGCGUCACCUACAGCUGUCUUCUGGGGGCGCUGCGGACAGCCAGAGCCCGACUGUGCCGGCGGCUCCCGAGGGCCACUCUGGCCGCCCUGGAGGCAGCAGCCGACCCGGCCCUGACCGCAGACUUUAAGACCAUCUUGGACUGACGGCAGCCCUGCUCACAGACUGGGCUGGGCUGGGCUCCGGAGCCCAGUGGGAGGGGGCAGCCCCCAAGUCCUCAGGGAAGCAGGACCCGCGCACCGUGGCCUUCCCGUGACGGGGUCUGUUCUCCAGCUGCUGACCACCGGGAAGCGGCAGGUGGGAGAGCCGGGCAUCGGGCGUCAGGCAUCUGGACGGGUCUGGGGGGCCCUUUGUCACCCCCUUCCCCUCGCUGCAGGGGCUGCCCCGGUCUGGAGCGAUGGCAUAUGUGUCCCCGAGGGCACGGGGCGGCACAUGGGACUGAGUGGUGGGCGUGGGCUCCUUCCUGCUGACCUGUGCAGUCAGUGCCCAGCCCAGCCGUUCACACCCACCUCGGGAGCAGUGCCUGCCCCGGGUGCCUCUGCCGGCUGCAUCCGUGGUUCACGCCCCAUGGCGCUUUCCCCAGAAGCGAAGGGCCCAGUCAGCUGUUUGAGGCCCGGUUCCACCCGGCCCUGCCCCUGCUUCCGACCCCGCCUGUCCUUAAGCUCUGCACCCGCCCGCACCCCCAUCUCUGGGCCCUCCCCGCUGGUGCCCUCUCAGCACAUGGCCCAGGUCGUCCUGAUUGCACUCCUGCACCACCUCCUGCCCCCCCGCCCUGUCGCCCCAGUGAAAGGAGCCUUUGCUGAUUGGUUUCACAGCUUACAACCGUUCUCUGAGUUUGUAUUAAAACGCGUACUAGUGA